GUACAUUCCGCCUCGUUUCUGAGAGGGAAAACGGGCCGAGUUCGUGGCUUUGAGGCAAGGGGACAUGACACUCCCUGAGUUUCGACAGAGGUUUGAUCAUUUAGCCCAGUUUGCAGGAACUUUGGUGGGUACCAUAACAAACCGCAUUGAGGAGUUCACUACUAAACUCCGACUAGAUAUACAACCCUACCUGUUAGUUGUGCCAACAACAGACUUCACAGCGGCGUACAACCAAAUAGAGAAAGACGAAAAGGGGCUGAUCGCGUGGAAGAAGAGUGUGGCCGGUUCGGAGGAGCCGAGCAACCAGCACAAGGGCAUCGUCACGUCAGGUGGCAAGCGAACCCUUGGAAGAGAGCACCAAGACAUAAUCGACUGCGGACUACGCACCGUACGGAUAAAGGCUGAUGACGGUGGGGUCGUCAAAGUAAAGGGGGAAUUGUUCCCCAAACCCCCUGAGUUCGUAUCCCUUAUGCAAGCUAAACGUCUCAUCCGGAAGAGAUGCGAGGCCUUUCUUUGCAAUGUACGUGAUGUGCGCAAAACAACCCCCGAACUGAAGGACAUCCCCUCAGUGAUCGAGGGAGCUGAUGAAAAAUCUAGGCUGGCUAUGUUCACGGCAGCAUUGCAGGAAGGGCUCCUUCACACCGACUUCACUACCCAUCUCCUGGACACCUUUGGCAGGAUCAUGGAUGCUGACUUUGGGAAUGAUGGGUCUAGUGAACUGGAGGCAGAGUCAAAUAAUGCUGACUCUGCUGAAGUCAUCCUAUCUAGUGGAGAAAGCGUGCUAGAACUAGAUGUUUUUGGGAAGCUUAUUUCCAAAAUCGAACUAGAUUUAGCAUGCUCUUCUGAGAAACUUGUUAACAUGAACGUACUUAAAAUGCUUGUCGAGACAAGGGAGAAUUACUUUGAGGCUGUCGCGGCAGAUGAUCAAUGUUUUAAUGGUUGCGCUGACAAGGCAUUGGAGUUUGACCUUUUAUCUGUUCUCUUGGACUCUGAGGUAAGGGAACUAAGUGCUUUCUUGUCCACCCUUCAGUUGGAGAUUGACUAUUCCCACCAGAUCAUACCUACAUUUGCGGAUGAGGGAGAACAUUGUAGGCUAUUUAAGGAAAAGUUGUAUGACUCUGAAGGUUUACUUCAACACUUACAAGAGCAGCUGUUGGAAUUGGAGGCACAGUCUUCCAAUUUUAUGGUGACUGAAAACUGGAAGGAUGUUAAGCCUUUAGAAAGUUUUGAGCUGGCUUCUCCUUUAACUCCAAAUACGAAGAUAAAAAUGCAGACUGCGGAGCAGCAAAGGCAUGUCUUGCAAAUGCUGGAGAAAUCACUUGCAAAUGAGCUGGAUCUUGAGAAGAAACUUUCUGAAACUAAACAAAGUGAAGAAGAGUUGAAACUUGGGUUGCAGCAACAGCUAUUAUGCGUAGAGAUAGAGGUUGAAGAUGCCUGUGAAAGGCUGUUUGGGGCAGAAAAUGCUACCCAAGUUUUAUUGGAGGUUUCAAAAGAGCUAAGAGGACAGCUACAAACAACACAAUUAGAUUUGAACAGUGCAUUGCAGAGAGAGGUAGACUUGAAGUCUAAACUAAAAGAUUUGAAUGAACUGUUGUCAGCAAAAGAAAGCUUAUUGCAGAAGUCAGAGAAUACAUGUGAAGAGCUUAGGAUAAAGCUUAACUCAGCUGAUAAACAAUUGAACGACUCAGAGUUUCUCCCACAUAAUGAUACAAAGACUGAUGAGAAAUGCCUUGACAUGAAGAAGGUUUGUGAAAUGGAAGCUAGAAUAAGUGGUCUGACGGAAAACAAUGCCAUAGCUGAAAGCAGAUUUCAGAUUGCAGAGGCUGAGUGUAAAUCAUUAAAAGAUGCUAAUAUGGAACUUAAUGAAGAUCUCAUUACCCUUAGGAACAGUAGUAGUAUAACUUCUGAGAGAGUUUGUCUGCUUGAGAAGCAAUUGAAGGAAUCUGAGCUAAAUCUUAAACAUGCAGUAGCAUCUGAAGCCAGUCAGGAAAAACAAACCAAUGUAAAUUUUACCAUCAGGGAUAUGGAAAAUCUGAUUGAUGGUCUGAACUUGAAGCUUAUUGAAGCUGAAGAAAAGUGCAUCAUCUUAUCUGAAGCUAAUGCAGAUCUGAAUGACGAAUUGGAGUUUCUAAAAGAGGGCAUAUCUACGAGCAAUUGUGUUGAGGCUUGUGUCAGUUGUGUGACUCAAGCUCUCGAGUUGUAAACGGUUUGUUAAGCACUCGUUUUGAUAAUGCCAAACCGCCGUGAUCAAGUCGAACAUUGAAUAUACAAGGCGAAGAACGAAGAUAAGAGCAAGAGCUAAACGAAGACCUUAAUCAUAGUAUUGAGUCGGUCUUUAUUGUGAUCAAGACCGACCCAAUCUUUACACUUUGGCUCUUUAGGCUAAAAACUCUCAUUGCAUUUCUUACAUCAUAAAAAUGGUUUUAAACUUGUUUAGGUCAUUAAAAACACUUGGUGUUU